AUGGGUGAUCUGGAUGAGGGGAUUGAGUUCUCUACCAGUACAUUUGAAGAUGACACCAAGCUGAGAGCAUGUGUCAAUCCAUUGAAGCGUAAGAGGACUCCGCAAAGCAACCUAGAGAGGCUGGAUAGAUGGGCUGAGUCCAAUAAGAUGAAGUUUAACAAGUCCAACCCGGCGCCGUUCCCUCCCGCCUCAGGGGCGCGGCUCGCUGCGCAGGCGCACUCGCUCCGUAGUGACGCGGCGGCGGCGGCGCGCCCCGCUCUGGUUGGGUCGUUGCCACCAGGGGGCGUUGGGCGCCUCUCCAGCCGUGAUAGACAGCUCCGAGCGCCAAUAGGAGACGAGAGGUUGGAGGAGCAGGGCGGGCGCAGCGCGGGCACCGCCCUAUCGGGGUGCGCCGCUUUGUGCGCGUCGCGUCACGUCGCGCUGCCGUCGUUGCGGCCGUGCUCCUGGGGCAGAGGAAGGGGCCUCCAGCCGCUGCUCGCCGCGCUGGGGCUGCUGCUGCUGGGCGCAGGUGACUGUCAGCUGCACACAUCUUGUGGAAUCCAGAAGUGCACCACUGAUUUUGUAUCCUUCACUUCACAUCUAAACACGGCUCUUGAGGACUUUGAUCGGGAGUUCUGCAAGGCCCUGCGGGCAUACUCUGUGUGUACCUAUCGCAAUUCCAAAGUGUGCCGUGGAAACCUGGUCUACCAUGCUGCAGUGCUUGGGAUCGGUGAUCUCAUGACUCAGAGAAACUGCACCAAAGACGGACCCACAUCCUCCACCAACCCUGAAACGACCCGUGAUCCUUGCAAUUACAGUGGCCACACGGAAGCGAGAGAGCAUCGCUGGGGAGAGAAGACUCCUCCUCCUACUUACCUGUUUUGUGGCUUGUUUGGGGAUCCUCAUCUGAGGACUUUUAAGGAUCACUUCCAGACAUGCAAAGUGGAAGGCGCUUGGCCCCUCAUAGACAAUAACUACUUAUCGGUGCAAGUGACCAAUGUGCCUGUGGUCCCAGGAUUCAGCGCUACUGCUACAAACAAGAUAACUAUUAUCUUCAAAUCGUACCAAGACUGUACAGAUCAGAAAGUAUAUCAAGCAAUGACCGAUGACCUGCCUGCAGCUUUUGUUGAUGGUACAACAAGUGGAGGAGAUGGGAACACGAGGAGCUUGCACAUUGUGGAGAAAGUCAGCGGCAAAUACAUUGAGAUGCAUGCCAGGUACAUCGGGACCACGGUGUUCAUCCGGCAGCUCGGGCGCUACCUGACACUGGCCAUUAGCAUGCCCCAGGAGCUGGCCAUGGCCUACGGGGAGAGCCAGGACCUGCAGCUGUGUGUGCAAGGCUGCCCUUCCAGCGAGCGUAUUGAUCAGAGUGGCCACUUGCCAUUGCCUGUCAUGGGAAAGCUGCUUCCCUGGGGUGCCGUGUCUCAUCCCCCGUUAGGGUACACACUGGAAACAGCCAGCACCAAAUGCCACGAGAAGAUCCACGUGAAGGACAUCUAUUUUCACUCAUGUGUGUUCGAUCUGCUCACCACUGGCGAUGCCAACUUCACAGCUGCUGCUCACAGUGCCUUGCAGGAUGUGGAGGCACUGCACCCCAGCAAAGAGCACUGGCGUAUCUUUCCCAGGAGUGGAGCUGGUGGUGUGGGCAGGGAUAGCAAGUUCUUUGUCAGUCUUGGACUUCUGUGCUUGAUCUUUGUUGCAUAUUUGUACGAUUUUUUUUUUUUGACUGUAACAAAAUUUUGAAAUAUAUAUUGUCAUAAUAUAUUGAGUAAAGAUAAAUGUAUAUGUAUAUACCAUGUAUAUGAAGGGAUGUUUUUGUCUUGGAGCAUCCACCAGAUUGGAUGUUAACUGUUUUCAUGUAUGUCUGGUUCAGUAUUCUAUGUAUCUGUUUGUUUUACAGUUGUUGAAAAGUUUUAUAACGUCUCUGCAUUGGGACCUGAUAAAAAGCACUUUAUUUUUUACAUAUUAAAUAUAUAAGUAUGUAUCUGAGUAACUGUGUAUUACACAUGAAAUACUCAGUGGUUUCUCUAAGUACUACUUGGUUUAACACGUUUUUUUUCCUGAAUUAACUUGUGGGUUUUCCCAAGAGACCUUUAGUUAAUGUCAAACAUGUAUAUUUUGAAGCUAGUGAUUGGUUUCUGGAGAGAGAGCUUAAACUUA